GAGCCUCCCUGACACGAGUCAGCUGGCAGGCAAUUGCUCCAUACCCUACGGCAGAUUCCUUGACGUGAAUGUGCUGUCCUAAAGGGGUGUGUUUUGCUUCAUAAUUUUGAAUCUUUGAGUCACUACUUUACUGAUCAGCAUGAGUGUCAAAGAUGGAUAUGAAUUUCGUUGAAUAGGUGUACUUUACGGUGUGAAUAUUUCGUUGAAUGAAUCGAUUAAAAAUGCUAUUUAUCGACGGGUAGAGAUACAUUUAAAUGUUAUGGAAUAAAACUUACCUUGAAACGCCUUUUACGUGGCAAAUACAGAAAUGAUAAAAGUGACAUAGAUGUUAUGAAUACAGAAGAGAUUCUUGAUUAUGAUUGAUUGGUUAUUCAAAAUCAUCCGCCGCGUCGACAGCUAAGGUACAUUAGUCCUUAAAAAAAGGAAAGAAAAGAAGAAGAAGAAGAAAAAGAAAAAGAAAAAGAAAAAGAAAAAAACAGAAUGGACCAAAAAGGCAACCUGUUGGACAGCGGACGGCAGCCAAAAAUGAAUCGUUCCCCAACACACGCUAAGGACGAAGACCAUGAAGAGGCAGCUGCACUUCUCCACGACGAGGGGGACCGCCAGGACACCCGCUGUGGUAUUGGGUCACUCAAGCCCAGCUGGCUCCAGGCCUUUGCCCGGACAGAGGUAUACCUUAUAGUAUACUGCAUAGCGGGCAUAGUGCACGGUAUGUUCUUCACUUACACUGUAUCUGUCAUCUCCACUAUUGAGAAGAGGUUCAAACUUACAAGCAAGCAGACAGGAGCGAUUCUCACCGGCAACGACAUAUCGCAAGUGAUGCUGUCGCUGUUCCUGAGUUACUAUGGCAACUACGGGCACCGUCCUCGCUGGAUGGCCGUGGGGGUCAUGUGCGCCGCGGCCUCGGGCUUCGGGGCGGCGCUCCCCCACUUCCUGUACGGCCCGGGGGACGACGCCCUGGCGCUGACGAGGGCCGCGGUCGCCUCGUCCUCGUCCUCGUCCUCCUUGAGCCUCGAGGGCGACAACGGCACCGAGACGCACGCGGUCGGAGCGCAAGAGCUGUGUUUCUCGCACCCUGAGGAGAACUGCGGCCCGGACGGAGGCGGUGGCGGAGGAGCCUACAUGGGCGCGAUCAUUCUCUUUUUCUGCUCUCAGUUCUUCGUCGGAAUUGCUGUUAGCAUUUUCUAUAGCAUCGGCGUUACCUACUUAGACGAUAACAUCAACAAAAAGACAUAUCCGAUAUAUUGCUAUUUCCGACCUAAGAAGGCCUUAAAGCGACUCUUCACGAACAAGAUUUGGGUCGGCAACCUCUUCAAUACAACGGUGUUCGUACUUGCAUCAUCUGGGUACUGGAGUUUUAAGCCCAAAUAUCUUGAAAACCAAUUUCGUAAAAGCUCCACCGAAGCCAACUACUAUACAGGGAUUACGAGUUUGGUAUCCCUUGUUGUGGGGACGAGUAUAGGCGGAACCGUGUUAAGGUGGGUACAACCUGGACCGAGAUACGUGACAGGAUACAACAUUUUCAUUACACUGCUGUUCGUUUGCUGUUACGUCACACUCAUGUUCAUCGGUUGCCCCAAAUUACAGAUCGUAGGGCCUGUUGAAGGCUCUCCGAUCCCCGCCUGCUCCUCAACCUGCGGCUGCUCGGCCAAGUACUCCCCCGUGUGCUCGGAGGACCAGACCACGUUAUUCUACUCUCCUUGCUACGCUGGCUGCACUGCCCUCAAUGCCUCGGCAAGUCCCAUUAUCUACACUAAUUGCCGAUGUGUCACCAACUCCACAAUGCAGGGCGAUUAUGCUACAAAGAACAGCACUGAUUUUGGAACGGUAACGCGCGGCUACUGCCCUGAGCCUUGUAAUAAUUUUAUUUACUACAUCAUCCUCCAGUGCAUUGUGAAAACUAUCGCCUCCACCGGAAGAGUUGGCAGCAGCCUCAUCAAUCUCAGGUCUGUCUCGGACGAGGACAAAGGCCUGGCUCUCGGUCUCCUCACCGUCUUCACCAGUCUCUUCGGAUUCAGUCCCGGACCUGUUAUAAUGGGCGCUAUCAUUGACUCCGCGUGCCUGGUGUGGGACACGUCGUGCGGAAAGACAGGCAACUGCUGGCUCUAUGACUCCGACAAGUUCAGGACCAUCUUACACCUCGUGCCUGCGGUUCUCGUGCUUGUGUCCGUGCUUGGGGAUAUCGUCGUGUUCCGCUACAGUCGCAGGAUGGACUUGUACGGCGACAGGGAAGACCAAGCACAGCUGGACAGAGGUCGGCGCGUGGGUGGGGAGAGCGCUGUCGCCUGCAGGAGCCAGAAUCUUGGUCCAGCUGUCGACGCCUAGAACUGGAGGCUGUCGAUGUUUAUCAAGGAUUUUUCUAUCUUUUUAUUGAUAUUUUUUUUUCUUUGUUGUGGUAGUUGUUAUUGUUAUCAUUAUUAUCAUUAUCAUUAUCAUUACUACUACUACUACUACUACUACUACUACUACUACUACUACUACUACUACCAUUGUACAAACUAAAAAGAGUUAUAGGACUGUUUCUUACAUUUUAGGUCACCAAAACUAAAUUCAAAAUAGGACAAAAGAAAGGACAUAUUGUGUAAAGACCGAAAAGAUAAAAAAAAAAUCAUCUUGUUAGCUACAAACAAGAAAAGAAAAAUAUUCUAAAAUGAGUAAAGCUUUAUUGUCAAAUUUGCUUUCUCUCUUUCGUCGAUUCAUGUUAACUAACCCAAGGGGAGUAUCCUACAGUCCUGAAAGGUUAUUUUCUGUUUGUUUUUCAUUGAUAAUAGCUUUCAUUGCCUGUCAUGAGCUUGCCUGUACCUGUCCUUUGAUAGGCGACUCUUAAAACAGCAACUUAUGUAUGAUAAUCCUUUGUUGAUUCUUCAAAAUAAACGGAAUUUUUGAUAA